CCGCUCUUCAGUCCGUGUCAAAGUUCCGCGAGUAACGGCAGCAGCGGCGGCGGAGGAGAAUGGCGAAGAUCUGCGGCAUAUUACUGCUCGGAGCGCUGAUUCUGGCGAUACUGAACACGUCAGCGUCUGAAGGACAACAGAAGAGAAUCAGACAGAAGAGAGAGUGGAUCAUCCCACCACACAAACUGAAGGAAAAUUUUGAUUAUACGUAUCGGGAAUACAUAGCCAAAAUCCGUUCAGAUGAGGAGACCAGGACGAGUAUACAGUAUUCACUGACUGGAUCUGGUGCUGACCAGCCACCCGUCAACUUGUUCACUGUUAAUAGUGAGACUGGCUUGGUCAAGAUCCAUGGAGUGUUAGACAGAGAGAAAACUCCCAUUUAUUAUCUCCAAGGGGUGGCCAAGUUUCGGAAUGGCAGUCAUGCUGAGAAAGACAUUGAUUUGAGAAUCGUGGUGCAGGAUGAGAACGAUUGUCCUCCUGUGUUUAACCUGACAACCGCAGCUGUUUAUGAGAAGAGCGCAACAGCCAAGUUCGUAACGACGGUCACCGCAACAGACGGAGAUCAAGAAGGAACUCUGCAUACAAAAAUCUCCUACAGCAUUGUUGAACAGCAUCCUGAGGACAUGUUCUACAUUGAUCGAGACACUGGUCAGAUACACGUCAAGUACAGCACGCUCGACAGAGAGAAACAAGAAACAUACACAUUGAUUAUUAAAGGGACUGAUUUGGAUGGACAUGUGAACGGAAAUACAGGAACAGGAACUGCUGUCAUCAAGAUUCUUGACGUCAAUGACAACAUUCCUACUUUGGAGAAAAACUUUUAUGAGUGCCGUGUGGAGGAAAACACUAAAAAUGUGGAAGUGGUGAGGAUUCAAGUGAUCGACACGGAUCUGAUCUACACUGAAAACUGGCUGGCCGUCUUCACAAUCGUGUCAGGAAACGAAGCUGGUUAUUUCUCCAUAAUCACAGACAACAAGACCAACGAAGGCGUCCUGAUUCUCAAAAAGGAGCUGGACUACGAAGAGCUGAAGGAAAUCAAGCUGCAGGUGUCUGUCGCUAACAAGGCACAGUAUCACUCUUCAGUCGUCAUAACAGAGAGCAAGACGUACACAGUCCGCGUCAGUGUGGUCAACCAGCCUGAGGGCCCUCGCUUCGAACCCUCCGUCAAAGUCAUCACGAUCUCUGAAGAAAGCACCAGCACUAUUUUAAAUAAAGUCAUUACCACUUACACAGCAAUAGACAGCGACACACUACUAAUUGCUAAUAACGUGAGGUAUGCAAAAAUACGAGACACUGACAACUGGCUGAUUAUAGAUGAGAGGACGGCUGAUAUAAGACUCAAUAAAAUACCAGAUUAUGAGUCCAAGUUUCUGAUCAAUGGCACAUAUUACGCUCAUAUAAUCUGCAUCACUAAUGAUGCCCCGUCCAAAACUGCAACAGGAACCAUCGCCAUUCAAGUAAAGGACUUUAAUGACCACUGUCCUGUGCUGAGCCAUCAGUCUCAAACGCUGUGCUAUGAGGAUCACGUGGUUUAUGUCACUGCUGUGGACAAAGAUCAGUUCCCCAAUGGAGCACCCUUUGGUUUCAAAGUGGACACCAGAAGCACAAAGGAGUCAUGGAGCAUCGAGCCUCUCAACGGCACUACAGCGAUAUUCAGGUCUCAGACAACACUGUGGCCUGGCAUGUACCGUGUGUUUGUGGACGUGAGGGACCAGCAGGGGAAGAUCUGCGCUGGUCAGGAGCUUCAGAUAGACGUCUGCACAUGUGACGCAGCUAAAGUUUGCCUGCCCAAAAAGAUCUCCUCCAUGUUUGGAGCAUCUGGUGUUCUUCUAAUGCUGCUGGGACUGCUGCUGCUCCUGUUGGUGCCGCUUCUGCUGCUCUUCUGUCUUUGUGGAGGUGCAGGAGUUGCGGGAGAUUUCAAGGUCAUGCCGUUUGAUACUAGAGAGCAUCUUAUCACAUAUAACACUGAAGGACAGGGGGAGGACAAGGAAAUGGCUCUGUUACAGAUGUCAAAGGAGCUGGAGGACAACAAGCGCGGUAAUGUGGAUGCUGUAGGAGGAGCUCAGGUGUGGGGUGGAGUAAAGGGUGGUGGAGUUGGAGUUGGAGUUGGAGCAGAAGGCUCACACUGGGCCUCGUUCUACGACCAGAAUGACAGUGCAUUUCAUCACCAUAGAAAACAGAUUGAUGGGCGGUACGGGUAUGGACAAAGAAAAGAAGGACACAGCAGAUUUGAAGACUACAUGUUUGACGGGCUUGCACUGUCUGAUGCUUUCUUAGGCAACUACUAUUCUCAAAAAGCAAGUCAUGUGGCUAAGGAGCAAGACAAGGGAGACAGUCUAAAGAUCUACGACUACGAGGGUCAGGAAUCAUACAAGGGCUCAUUUGAAGACAUCUGCGGUCUCUUACACGAAGACAACGACUUUUCUUUUCUUGAUGACCUUGAUCUGAAGUUCAAGGCUCUGGCUGAGAUCUGUAGUGGUUCUAGAAUAGAGGCUAAAAUCAGCAAGACCGUCCCUGUGACCUCCAAACCGGUCCUGUCCGCCACACACAAAGAUGUCACCAUACAAGGGACAGCUAGUCAUUUACAGUCUCAGGAGAAAGCAAACUCGUCCACCAUCAUUCAUACCGCAGGAGCGCAGCAGACCAGCAGCAUGUCUUCAACAGGAGUCUAUGUCCAAGAUAAAGUAGUGGUUCCUAACCAAACCAUGUUAGUCCAGCAGCCUACGCUGUACUACGCCCCAGCCACCCCCUUUUAUGUGAUGGAAGCCCAGCCUACUCUGCUGGUGACGCCCGGCCCAGUCCUAGGCCUUCAGGAGAACCAGUUAAUAGAGGAGAAGAAGGGCUCUGGUGCUUCUGCCAAACAUGAAACGCAGCACUACCAGAGUGUAGUUCUUGUUGAGAAGCAGUCGCCAAAAGGGCCUUUGCAAACUCAAGGAGCGAUGCAGAUGGUUAACACUGGAAUAAUGCAGUCCAUGGGGGCUCAAGGGGUUAAACAGGCACUCCAUCCAUCCACUCAGAUGGUUAACACUGAAAUAAUGCAGUCCACUGAGGUUCAUGAGGUUAGACGGGCGGUGCAUCCAGCCAGAAGGGUGAUGGCAGGAGUGGCCAGAGAGACGGAAGUUUAUGCUUCGUUGGAUAUGAGGGUUCCUCAGAGUCUGUAAGCACUUUGGAUGCACCGAUACUACAUUCCUCAGCCGAUAACCGAUUAUUCAGAAUAACAUCUGCCGAUACCCAUACCCUGGUUUUCUUAAAGUCCAGGUGAACUGGAAGUUGCUGCCAACUUUACUUCAGUAGUGUGAUGUAUUUCCAACUGAAAAGGAAUAUUUAAUAGAGGGUGGGGUCUUAUUUUAAUGCUCCUCCUCUCCGUCUUUUGCUAACAGCAAACUAAAGGGGUGGUUCAGAAUAUUCUUUGCCCAAUUGCUCACCUCAAGACCUUAAGCAAUGUGUUGCAAAAAAUGUUUGUAUACAACUCGUAGUUUUCGUAAAAAAUAAAUAAAUAAAUUAAUUAAAAAACAGAUUUAUUCCAACAUACAUAUGUAAUUAACAGUAAAUAGGCUCCCUCUGUUUUUUAUAGCUAACUAACGAAUUGUGGUAAAUGCAGCACAUUCAAAAAUAAAAUUUGUUCUCUGAAUAACUAGUUUGCUAAUUAAAUCUCCUCAUAUGAGUGUCGGCAUGUAUAAUUCAGUUUAGACAGUUUGCAAGAAUGUUUAGCGUUCACGGUAUGAAAAUGAUCGCUGCGAGAUGCUGACGGAGCGAACGAGGCUUCAGAGAAUUGUCUUCUCCACUUAAUUUGACACUUUAGAAAGUUAAUAAAGUGGGAAGUUUCAGUUUAGGGUCAGCGAUAUCUUUAUCUUAUCUUAUUUGCAAAGGAUUUGAAAUAAUUUUGGUUUAUUAUUAUUAUUUUUUGUUUUGUUUUUAUAGCAAUAUCUGGCAACACUGCAUCAGCGGCACUUAAACUGACAGUAAUCAAAAAAGCCCAUCGACAGGUUCUUGCUGACAGGAUAGCACAUUCGGUAAGGCAAACACAAAAAAUAUCAUGAUAUUAUCUGUCGUUAUCAACUUUAUCAAAAGCAGUAGCAUUUAACAUUAGUACACAGAUCUGUAGAACAAGUAAGUUACAGAAUUAAAUGAAAUAUAUGCAAACACUAGCCAUGGAGAAGUCUAUUUCAUUCAGUAUAGUAUUUAAGUACAGUAUAGUAGUAUAUUGUUGCAUGAUUAAUAAACAUCUGAUAAAAUUAUCCACUCCUAACCUAUAGUAAAAUAUUCACAAAUUUUUACACAAUAAAUAUGGUAUAAUUUAACAGUGUUCAUCCCUCCAAAACAGAGAAAACAUCUUUCACAAACAUCUACAUCUCUGUCUCUUUUAAAGUGUUUAGUGUAUAUAAUGAGCUGCAUUUGUAGGGGUUAUUAGCUUAAGCCCACCCUAAACCUCACUAAUUUUCAAACCCUGGCUACGGCCAUGAAUGCAGAUCGUUCACAAGCUGUUUUAUCUGCAUCUUUCCGCGGUUGAAAUGCUGAUUGAGCGAUUACAUAGACGUUAUACAUUUCAGUAAGUUGUACUUUAUCUUCUGAUGUUCAUUUAUGUUUAUUUUGUGCUGUAACUUGAAUUAAAGUGGAAGAGACUCGCACUAAGGCACUGCUGCCUUAACUGAAGCAAAAACUGGAUUUAUUGUUUGAAUUUUGCACUACAAUAGACAUUAUUUGAGAGUUAAGACUUUGUUUCUUAUGAGAAGUAACAAAGCUCUUUGCGUUUAUUGGAUGAGAGAUGCUACAAAUAAUAUUUGGUGAAGGGAAAAACCAUGGACAUGACAACCCCGGCUUGAACUAAGGGUGAUUCAUAGGGUCAAAUAGAACUAGUGUUAACAACGCAAAUUUUUUUAAUAGGAUUGUGUUUUUUAUCAACAGCUCUAUAGUCUACAUUAGAGGCAUUUGCAGUCUGACAGGUUUUUCUAUGCCCUUUUGUUUGACAGCAUAUAAUUAGUCCGGAUCAUGGCUGUUUUUAUUGGUUUACCGAUACCGAUUAUUGGCCGAUACAUCGGUGCAUCCUUAGUAAGCAGUCUUGUAAAGUCAUAAUCAAUCUAAGAUUGAUGAUUCCAUCCCACAUCUGCGAAUCCACCUUGCUCUUGACCUAUAAGGAUUUUAUUCAAGCCUUUCCUUACAAUUAAGCCUCAGCAGUGGUUUUUCUCCAUUGGAUAUCUAUAGCUUCCCUUAACAAAUUCAAGACUCUGAUGCUUGCAUUCUGGACUGAUUCUGGAUCAACACCGUCUAACAGGCUCUCUGUGAACUGUAUGACCAGAUUUAAUGUCACUUUACGAUUGACAAAUUUACACUCCCACAGUGAUGGAAUGAUUUUUGAGCCUUCAACAACAAACCUUCUGAGCCAUCAUACACACCUCCUGUAUGAGUGCUUGUUCCAUAACUAUAAAUAAAUGCUUAUUAUUAGCAGCCAAACAAAAAUAUAUAAAAUGCAAAAAAAUAUAUACAAUUUAAAAUCUUUUUUUCUCUCUCUCUCUCUUCUGUUUUGCAUUUACAUUGCAUCUUAGCCGUGUGCUUCUCUGGUUUAAACAGUUGGCAUUGUGGCAUUGCAUAUAUUUUUGCUAUUUUUUUAUGAAGUGUGAAGUUGUUGGCUUUUUUUUUUGUUUGUUUUUUUUUUUGCUCAUUUGUAAGUUACUUUGGAUAAAAGCAUCUGUUAUAUGAAUAAAUGUAAAUGUAAAUAAAAUGAUCUCCUGCACAAAUGGCAUCAGAAUGUUUGUGAAGAUUUUGAUCUUCAGAAUUUUUAUAUGGAUCAAAAUUUUUUAUUACUGCUGUUGAUGAGCUGUAUUUGGUGAACUUAUAAUCUACUGUAAAUAUCCUUCAGUUCGCAUUUGAACGCAUUUAUUUGUUUAAACACAUUUACCAAUUGCAUGCAUGGAUGGGAAUGAAACUAAUUUGUCCAGAAUAAACAAAAAAAUGUGUAACCUAUCUACUGUAAACUGAAUGAAGUGACAGACACUGUAUAAAUGAUGAAUUGCGCUUUGCCCGAAGCAGUGGUGUAGUGUGUUCUUAAAAGUUGUCUCAAUUGAAAAUAAUCUUUAAGGAAGACUUUCAGCUUAUUGUAUUGUAUCACUGAGGUAUAGUGGUCAUACUGUCAUAUCAAGAUACACUGUCAGAUCAAAACAACAAUAUCAUUGUGAUGCUUCCACAGCAUAAAAUAAUAAAUAAAGAACGGUGUC